GAUUGGUCGCCUCUAAGUUCCAUGUUGACCGUUACUUAUUCUUCUUUGAACUAUCUCGUUUAUCUACCUGUUCUUCUUGCUGUUCGGGGUCUGGGUCGUCAUGAUGUAUCAGGUCUGUUUAGAAGCAUCUUCGGCGCUCUGCAGUCUGCAACGUUUGUCUCCCAUCGUCUACUUGUUUACUUGGAUAAUCGGUUAGAAAAACGGUAAAUGGAAUGAUUGGAAAGCGCACCUGAAUGCAGUUUUAGUGUAAUGAGCAGUGACUGACAAUCAUCAUGAAAGUGCAUGACAUCAUCUUUGUCCUAUCAGUCUUCCUAACACUGACAGUGGGCGUGGUUCCAAUCCUCAUCCCUGCGCUCCAAGAUGUCUACCGGCUCUACAAGGAAUCACGGAUUCCGUUCAGAGAGGAUCCUUGGCUGGAAAAUAAACCAAUCCUGGAUGAGUAUGAUUUUAUUGUGAUUGGCUCAGGACCAGGAGGGGCAACAGUAGCCAAUCGGCUGACAGAAGAGAGAGGUUGGAAGGUUCUGGUGCUGGAAGCUGGAAAAGAUGGAUCAAUAUACACUGACAUCCCGGCGUUGGUUAGUUAUCUACAGUUCACAGACUACAACUGGGGGUUCAAGGCUGAGAGGGUACCCGGUAACUGCCUAGGGAUGUCUGAUGAGCGAUGUCGUUGGCCCAGGGGAAAAGGUGUAGGAGGUACAAGUCUCAUAAACUACAUGAUCUACACCCGAGGAAACCCAGAAGACUACAACUCCUAUGCUGCAGAUGGUAACACAGGAUGGAGCUACGAUGAAAUCCUCCCCUACUUCCUUAAAGCUGAGAAAAACAACAUACCCGAAUACCAAAACUCUCCCUACCACAACCAGAGUGGGUACUUGACUGUGGAACGUGUCACCCACAAAACUCCACUAGUUGAGAAAUUUCUAGAAGCUGGUAGAGAGAUUGGGAUUGAGACAGGAGAUUACACUGCACCAAGCAUGAACCCUGUUUUCUCAAGGAUACAAGCCACCAUGAAAUCUGGGAGAAGAAUGUCGGCGGCAAGAGCUUAUUUGGAAACCAUCAAAUACAGACAGAACCUUCAUGUUGUUGAGAAGGCGCGAGUUACUAAAAUUCUCAUUGAUCCUCAGACUAGGAAGACUAUUGGAGUUGAAUUUGUGAAGAAUAGAAAACGUAGGUGUGUGUAUGCAAAGAAAGAGGUUAUACUAGCUGCUGGAGCUCUCCAAUCGCCUCAUUUACUGAUGCUAUCUGGAAUUGGGCCAAGGAAUCAUUUGGAAGAGAAAAAUGUAUCAGCUAUUUUGGAUUUACCAGGAGUUGGUGAGAAUAUGCACGAGCAUUGGACUACCCCAUCACUUAUUUUCCUUCACAAUAUGACUGGAGCAUCAAUUACUGAGAGAAGAGUAUUAAACCCACUAGUUAUCAAAAGUUGGUUGAAUGGUGGUAGAGGUUUGCUGUCUUUAUCUGGUGGUGUUGAAGGUAUAGCUUAUACCAAUACACCUUUGAAAUCCCCUGGGGAGUACCCAGAUAUGGAGUAUAUUUUCAACGCAGGUGGUAUAGCUUCAGAUAGUGGGAACACUGUUAGAAAGGGUAUAGGUAUAAGUGAUGAAUUGUAUGAAGAUGUAUUCAGAUGUAUUGAUAAUAAAGAUGUGUGGUCUAUUUGGCCAAUGCUGUUGAGACCGAAAAGCAGGGGGAAAGUUUUGUUGAAAGACAACAACCCCUGGCAUUGGCCCUUGUUUUAUCAUGAUUACUUCCAAGAUCCAGAGGAUGCCAGACGUAUGGUAGAGGGGAUGAAGAUGAUAGUUGCUCUCUCACAAACUAAAGCAUUCCAGUCUAUUGGUUCCAGACUUCAUAGUGUUCCUAUCCCAGCCUGUGCGUCUUUGGGUUUUGGGACUGAUGAAUACUUCCUAUGUUCUUUACGACACCUGACAGUGACCCUCCAUCAUCAAAGUGGAACUUGCAAGAUGGGACCUUCUUCAGACCCCAUGGCAGUGGUUGAUCCCCAACUGAAAGUUCAUGGAAUUUCAGGGCUGAGAGUGGUUGAUGCAUCCAUUUUCCCUAGGCUUCCUUCAGCGCAUCUUUAUGCUCCUACUGUAAUGGUUGGUGAAAAAGCAGCAGAUAUGAUCAAAGAACAGUGGCUGUCUACAGUGAACAAUGAAGUGUAGAAUGGACUCAAAAAUUAUAAAAUAGGUUUUGUUUCAAAUUGACACUAUGAAGGAAAUCUCAAUAUGAUGUGUAUCACAUCCGACUGUACCUACAUUAAUUUUGUAAUGUUUGCUUUAAUUUGAUAUUUUCAUAAAUGAUUAUUUUUAAUAACAAAAAAUUGUAACUUACAAGGUUUUUCAUAAAAUGACUUGAGUGGUUCAAUAUUGACUUAGUUCGAUAGAAUAAAAUCUCUACAAGUGUACCUCGUAAA